UAUCCAAUACCUUAUCAUCUCUGACUUCUCUCCCUCCAUUUUUUAAACGUCACCAACUAUCCUCACGUAUGGCUAUAGCGUCUUUCUUCUUCACUCAAUCCACGCCCUUCUUCUCUCACUGCAACAACUCGUCACUGCCACCCCACCCAACUCUCAUCUUCUUGCCUUUCAAACUUAAAAUUUGCCCUUUCACGACCACCCAUUUCGUCCACACUACAGCCACCGCCAUCUCCGCAUACCGGGAUGGUGGCAGCUCGUCGGGGAGUGGCGGCGGAAGCGGUAACAGGGGCAGUGGUGGCGGUGAUGAAGACGAGGAAAGGGGCCGCAACAGGGAAGAGGCGAUGGUGGCGCUGGCGGAGGACGGCCGGGGGUUGGAGAGUUUGCCGGAAGACUUGGCGGCAGCAGUUUCCGCGGGGAGGGUUCCGGGUUCGAUAAUGCGGAGGUUCUUCCAGAUGGAACAGUCAGUUGUACUGCGGUGGUUGCUCAAGUUCCGUGGAUUUAGGGAAAGGUUGCUCGCAGAUGAUUUGUUCUUGGCCAAGCUUCUCAUCGAAAGUGGUGUUAUCAUCUUCACCAAGGCAGCUGCAGAGUUGAAGCGCCGUAAGGAAAACUUUAAGAAGGAGCUGGAUUUUGUUGUUGCGAAUGUGGUAACAGGCAUUGUAACAGGUUUUCUACUUGUGUGGUUUCCUGCACCUACUGUUUCUCUCAAACCUCCCCUUGCAGUCAGUGCUGGACCCAUUGCUAAAUUGUUCUAUGGUUGUCCUGAUAAUGCUUUUCAGGUGGCUUUACCUGGAACAUCGUAUACCCUUCUCCAAAGAAUAGGUGCUAUAGUGCGUAACGGCGCAAAGCUAUUUGUUGUUGGCACCAGCGCUUCAUUGGUUGGUACUAUGAUAACAAAUGCGUUGAUUAAUGUAAAGAAUGCUGUUAAUAAAACAUUUGCUGCCCAGGCUGAGAAUUUACCUGUAAUAUCAACCAGUGUAGCACAUGGAGUUUACAUGGUUGUCAUUAGCAACAUCAGGUACCAGGUACUUGCAGGAAUUAUUGAGCAACGAAUUCUUGAACCAUUACUACACCGAAACAAGCUUAUGCUAACCGCAGCAUACUUUACUGUUAGAACUGCCAAUACCUACUGGGGUUCGCUACUGUGGGUGGAUUUUGCUCGAUGGGUUGGAGUCCAAAAGAAAAAGGAUUAAGCAUAUUUUAUGCAAUGCUGCAUUGGUCAAAGCCCAAGUAUAUUGAUUCAUGGAACUUCAGUUGAUGAUUACGUUUGCUGCCCUAUAUUUUGUUUCUCUUGCUGCCUUGUCUAAGCAAAAUUGUACGUUUGUAUGUAACGAACGUUGGCAAGAGUUUUUUUGAUAUAAAACUAUAAGAAUUCUAUAUUUUUAGUAAGAAAAAAACUCUCAGAAAUACUUGUAAUUAAAACAAAUCUUGAAUUUACUUGGAUCAUGAGU